CUGAGCAAAUACAUCCAGACCUAUUAAUCUAAACUGAUACCUGGUAGAAAAAAAUCACAGAUGAAGCAAGCAGCUAACAAUGGCUCACUCAAAGACUCUCUUAGUGCUGGAAAACUUUAUAGCUGGUAAAUUUGUUCCUUCUUCUUCCUACAUAGACUCCUAUAAUCCGUCCACUGGAGAGGUCUAUUGCAGGGUGCCAGACAGUGGCAAAGAAGAGGUGGAAGCUGCUGUCAAAGCUGCCAAAGCUGCCUUCCCAAUUUGGUCCUCAAAAAGCCCAUUGGAAAGAUCUCAGAUCUUGAACAAAUUGGCUGACCUGAUUGAACAUGACCUGGAAGCAUUUGCUCAAGCCGAGUCAAAGGAUCAGGGAAAAACAAUUACGUUUGCUAGAACCGUGGACAUCCCUCGGGCCGUGUACAACUUCCGAUUCUUUGCCUCUUCCAUCCUUCAUCACACGACAGAGUGCACUGAGAUGGCAGCCAUGGGCUGUGUGCACUACACCUCGAGGGCACCUGUGGGAGUUGCGGGUUUAAUCAGUCCCUGGAAUUUGCCACUAUAUUUGUUGACCUGGAAGAUAGCUCCUGCCAUUGCAUGUGGGAAUACUGUGGUUGCCAAGCCAAGUGAGAUGACAUCAGUCACAGCUUGGAUGAUGUGCAAACUUUUGGAGAAAGCAGGAGUGCCCCAGGGGGUGGUGAACGUGGUGUUUGGAAGAGGCUCCGAGGCGGGAGAAGCCCUGGUUUGCCACCCCGAGGUGCCACUGAUCUCCUUCACGGGCAGCACGCUGACAGCCCAGCGGAUCACGGAGAGAAGCGCUCCCCACUGCAAGCGGCUGUCGCUGGAGCUGGGCGGCAAAAACCCCGCCAUCGUCUUCGACGAUGCCGACUUGACUCAGUGCAUCCCCACCACCCUCAGGUCCAGCUUUGCCAACCAGGGAGAGAUCUGUCUAUGCACCUCCAGGAUCUUUGUUCAGAGGGGUAUAUACAGUGAGUUUCUGAAGAGGUUUGUGGCAGAAGCAAAGAAAUGGAAGGUUGGGAACCCCUCAGAUCCUACAGUUGACGUUGGAGCACUAAUAAGUAAAGAGCAUCUAGAAAAGGCCUGUUCAGAAGUCCAGUGGCAGAAACACCCACUUUCCCGGGUCCUUGGUCUGUGGCACCACAGAGGACUUCCAAGUCUAACCUACCCAGGUAAGGAGCUAUGUGAAGAAAGCACAAGCCGAAGGAGCCAGGGUCCUCUGCGGAGAGGGAGUGGAUUCCUUGGCUCUCCCAGCUGACAACCAGAAAGGCUAUUUCAUGUUGCCCACAGUUAUUGCUGAAGUUAAGGAUGAAUCUUGUUGCAUGCAAGAAGAGAUCUUUGGGCCUGUGACAUGUGUGGUAGCAUUUGAUACAGAAGAAGAAGUGAUUGAAAGAGCCAACGGUGUGAAAUAUGGCUUGGCAGCCACUGUGUGGUCCAGCAACGUGGGACGUGUUCAUCGGGUGGCACAAAAGCUACAGUCUGGAUUGGUGUGGACCAACUGCUGGCUUGUUAGAGAUCUGAACUUGCCAUUUGGUGGGAUGAAAGCCUCAGGCAUAGGAAGGGAGGGAGCAAAGGAUUCCUAUGAGUUCUUCACUGAGGUCAAAACCAUCACAAUAAAGCACUGAGAUGGCAAUGGAAGUAUGUUAGGGUAAAAUAAAUGACAGCAAUUUGUGUUACAGUAGAUCCUGGAACACAGGCUGCUAUUACAGCUGUCUUUUUCUUGAAUUCUCAUUGAGUAGUAUGAUGACAGCUGAAAAUAGUAAUCCCAAAUGCUAAUGUUGAAUUCAGCCUUUCAUGUUAAAUGAUAAGUUCAGUGCGGACUCCAAGAGUGAUCCAACCCAAGCCAAGUGAUUUGCAUAUCUUAAGGAUCCUGAAGCUUUUUGAGUAUUCCUGUCUCAAAAAUCUCUCCCUCUAAAGCAGACUGGAGAAGGGACAACAUAUGAUUGUACCUUGAGGGACAAAAUGGCAAGCACAUUGUGAGGCUGGUAGUGUAAUGGGAAUCAGCCUGUUUCCACUACAAGCAGGCUGUUCCAUGUACCAGUCCAUAUUGCACUUCACUGCUAUCAGGCAAGGACUAAUGCUGUUGCACAGUAAAUGCCCAAGGCAGUACCUUUAAUCUUUGGAGUCAUGAAAUUCUCAUGGUACACAUGGACAAUAAAUGUUUUAAUGAUGACCUGUCUUGUGGUAUGCAGCAGAACCAUCCUGAGACUUGAUGUCUAACUGUUUUGAAAGCAGCCUUUCAUCUCUUCUAGGCCUCAGUAAAGGUGCUUUUCACAUCCAUGCACAAAGAUUUGAUUACAUCAUCAUAAGCAGUGUCGUUCUUUAUUAACAGAGAUGGAAAGUGACUCCUAGGAGAACUAACUGUUGGAAAUGUUUGUCACCAAAAUGUAAAACCACUGGCAACUUUACCUGACUCAUUUACAGAGCUUUCUUUUUUUUUUCAAUCACGUAUCUCACAAACUUAUUCACAUUGUACAAAAAGAGAAAUAAAUGGCUACACUGCUAUUGAA